ACCUGAACGCCCACCCACGAGUUUGCCGUGCGUGGUGUCCCAUAUGCCGGAAAGGGGGAUUUUGGUAGUUGAGGGGCAACAUAACGUCCCCAAUACACUGCUUUGGCCUCUGCUUUGGAUAAACGGGAGGCUCAAAUCAGGCUCCGUUUGAGUCAAUCGGCUGGUUGUUGAGUCAUUCUUGACCUCGGCUUGGAGUCAACCGAUCGAUGCAGACCGGGCGGACACGUCAGACAAGAUGUGCUCUUCAAGAUUAAAAAAAUUCAAAAAGUUCUUGUGCACCAACAACAAAAACAAACGAAAAAAUCUUCACUAAUCCAGCGUACUUAGUAGUGCACGCAACCGGAGAAAAACCCUUGGCUAAAGCUUCACCUUUCUUGAUUCAAAAAUUGUUUGAAUCGACCAUUGGACAGUUGAAAAAAAAUACAAAAAUUAAGAUCUGGAGAUUUACUGGUGGAAACAGCUUCCCCACAACAAUCGGCAAAACUUCUGGAAACAAAGACCCUAGGAGAAAUGGAAGUCACUGUCACCCCACAUGCGAGCCUAAACUUAUCACGUGGGGUAAUAUCUGAAAUUGAUCUGAUAUCUGAAGAUGAAUCAGAUAUUCAGAUUAGCCUUUCAGAUCAAGGAGUCACUGCUGUCCGACGCAUUUCCAAUCGUCGAGAUGGCAAGUUGAUUCCCACCAAACAUCUUAUUUUGACAUUUAAUAAACCGACUUUGCCAUCUGUUAUUACAGCAGGUUAUCUGCGCUUCCCAGUUCGCCCUUAUGUUCCAAAUCUGCUGCGUUGCUUUAAAUGCCAGCGAUUUGGACAUUCACAAAUAUCGUGUCAAGGGAAAAGCAUAUGCGCACAGUGUGGAACUGAAGGUCACGACAGUACUGAGUGUAUCACUACUCCAUGCUGUGUGAAUUGCAAAAAUGCCCAUCCCGCCUACUCUCAAAAAUGUUUAGCAUGGCAGAGAGAGAAAGAGAUCCAGCGAGUAAAAGCCAUUAACAACAUACCAUAUCCGGAGGCUCGGCGCAUGGUCACUCAAAGCACAGCAGUGAAACAGAAAACAUUUGCUUCUGUGUUAAAAUCCACAAAGACAUGUGGGGUUCAAACCGAUAUCUCUGUCUCCCAAAGCGAAUCUCUUACUCGCCAUGCGAAAUCUUAAUACUUUCGUCUACGCAAA